AUGAUUAAAGUGUUUGAAGGGGUGGUAACAUCACGGAUAGCUGGCUUCCUGGAGAGCAACAAACUGCUAAAUUCAAACCAGCAUGGCUUUCGCUGCGACAGGAACAGUCUAACACGGCUCUUAUGCUACAUCGAUGACAUCCUUGAAGCCUUGGGAACAGGUUCAAACUCUGAUGUCAUGUACCUUGACUUCAGUAAAGUGAUCAACAGAGUUGAUCAUAAUAUCUUGCUGUCAAAACUGUCAAGUGUUGGAAUUCGUGGAAAACUUCAACACUGGAUUGAGUAUUCCCUGGAGAACAGAACACAACAUGUGAUCGGUGAAGUCCACUCAAACCCAGCAAAGUCACCAGUGGUGUCCUUCGAGGGACUGUCUUGGGCAUGCUCCUCUUUAUAA